ACACUCUCGAUACUUUCACAUACAUCACGGUGUCGAUCUGCCGUGGCUGUCAUUCGGCGCAUUCGCCGUUAGUUUGCGCGUCCUGUUCCCUUAUCAGAUGUCAGGGAAUAUAAAGCAGGAGCAGCUGCUUAUCGAUGCGACAUUCAAAAGCCUCGUAACCAAACAUCAUCACGUCAUUUCGUCGCGAGUGCGAACGUCUGCGGAUGUCUCUUGGUUACACGCUGCACCUGAUUGCUCAGCUAGAUCGAUAAACGAUCCUACUUGCCGUCACCGUUCAUACACGCUCUGGCGACUGCUUCAGUCGCCAGGAUCCGUAAUGUCGGGUGAGCACAAGACGGUGAUUAAGUAUCCCUCUGAGUACGUUAAACUAAACAUCGGUGGCUCGCUUCACUAUACCACCAUAGGCACCUUGCAGAAACAUGACACGAUGCUGCGCGCUAUGUUCAGCGGCCGCAUGGAAGUGCUCACUGAUUCCGAAGGUUGGAUAUUGAUUGAUCGUUGCGGCAAACAUUUUGGAACGAUUCUUAAUUUUCUACGAGACGGUUCAGUCCCGCUUCCAGAAAGCACGAAAGAAAUGGCGGAAUUGCUCGCCGAGGCGAAAUACUAUUGCAUUAGCGAGUUGGCUGAGUCCUGCGAACAGGCGCUCCUACGAAAGGAGCGCGAGGCUGAACCCAUCUGCAGGGUUCCUCUCAUCACCUCUCAGAAGGAGGAACAGUUACUUAUAAGCAACACUACCAAGCCUGUGGUCAAACUGCUCAUUAAUAGGCAUAACAAUAAAUAUUCUUACACAAGUACGUCAGACGACAAUCUACUAAAGAACAUAGAGUUAUUCGACAAGAUGUCGCUCAGAUUCAGCGGUAGAGUAUUAUUCAUCAAGGAUGUUAUUGGCUCCAGCGAGAUUUGUUGUUGGACAUUCUACGGACACGGUCGUAAGGUGGCCGAAGUUUGCUGUCAUUCAAUCGUUUACACAACCGAUAAGAAGCAUACAAAGGUUGAAUUCCCCGAGGCUCGGAUAUACGAGGAAACGUUAAACAUUCUGUUGUACGAGCAUCGGAAUGGCCCGGAUCAAGAGUUAAUGCAGGCAACGUCGUCGCGCGGUGCGGUUGGCAGUGCGCUACCAUGCACAUCCGAUGAGGAAGAAGGGGAGCGUUCAGGCUUGGCGCGCCUUCGCUCCAACAAGCAAAAUACCAACUGACCCAAUGUUGUCCUCUUCAAUCCGUCUCAUCCCGCAAUCCUUAGCGUCGUUCGCUCUUUUAAAAUAUGUGUCAAUAUAAAGUAAGACAAAACUCCAAACACUUCCGAACCCCAAACGCUUUGUUAUCGUAUUUCGACUGAAUUUUUGUUUCUUUUUGUUGCGCGUGUCAACAGAACGUCACGAGAAAAGUGUCAAUUUUGAUCAAACAACACGCUAUCUCUUACACACACGUGCGUACACAUACACUUUGUUUUCAUACACAAUUACUCUACUCCAAUUGUUUAAUAUGUAUUCAUGAGAACUACCGCACGACCCCCC